AUGAAUCCGUCUGAAGUCCACGUCCUCGUCGUCGAGGACGAUGAGUUCACGCGCAUGGCGACGAUCGACAUCCUCAUGAGCAUCGGCUACCGCGUGACGGCCGUCGAGAACGGCGGCGACGCGCUCACGGCCAUGGUCAGCGCGCCCAUGGGCUUUGACCUCGUGCUCUGCGACGUCAUGCUGCCGGUACUCACGGGCAUCCAGCUGCUCGAGUGCGUCGCCAAGGAGGACAACCUCGCCCACAUUCCCAUCGUCAUGACCUCGUCCAACGAAGAGAUGGACGUCGUCACGUCGUGCCUCUCGAAAGGCGCAAAAGACUACCUCAUCAAGCCGAUCCAGUACAACACAGCCAAGACGCUCGUGCGCCACGUAUGGCUCGCACGGCAGAACCACAUGGAAGGGCUGCGCCUCAACACGGCCGCAACGCAGAGCGUAUGGCGCGACAUGGAGGUGCUCCGCACGAUCGGAAAGGGCACGCAUGGCACGGUGGUCAUGGCCCGACGCAAGCACGACGGCGCGAUCGUCGCCGUCAAGCGCGUGCCUCUGUCGGCGGCGAGCGAAAGCAGCCGCAAGCAGGCCGACAACGAAGUCAUCUUGCUCAAGUCGCUCUACCACGUCAACAUUGUCCGCUUCUACGACAGCUUUGUGCUCCAGAACGACGAGCUCAACAUCGUCAUGGAAUUCUGCGACGGCGGCAACCUCCGCCAAGUCGCCAAGCUCCGCACGAAGGCGAACGCGGGGUACUUCCCCGAGCCGCUCAUCAUGUCGUGGUUUGCGCAGCUCGUGCUCGCCGUCUCGUACAUCCACGGCAAGAACGUCUUGCAUCGCGAUCUCAAGGCGCAAAACGUCUUCUUGACGCGCAAGCACGUGGUCAAACUGGGCGACUUUGGCAUUUCCAAGGCGCUCGCGGGCGACGACACGGCCAUGACGUCGGUCGGGACACCCGAGAGCAUGUCGCCCGAGAUCUGCCGCGGCGAGCGCUACGGGAAAAAGUCGGACAUUUGGUCGCUCGGCUGCGUCCUCUACGAGAUGGCGAUGCUCGCGCGGCCGUUUGAAGCCAUGACGCUCGCCGAGAUGUUCAACAAGAUCUGCCUCGGCGACUACCCGCCGCUGCCGCCUUUCUUUUCCAAGGAGCUCCGCCUCCUCAUCCAGCUCAUGCUGCAGCAAGACCCGAACAAGCGCCCUUCGAUCGAAGACAUUUGCCGCUUCCCGUUUGUCCAAGCCCCGAUCCAGGCCUUUCUCGCCGACCACGCGGUCGAGUUUGAGCUCGCGCUCGAGACCGAGGCCAAGAUGAACCAACCAGCGAUCGCGCUCAGCGGUGUCAACCCGUUUCUGCCGCCAGCGCCGCCGCAGCAGCCGCUCGCGAUGCCGUCGCCGCCGCCCGACAGCAGCCUCCGCGACAUUGCUCUCUCGUCGCAGAUCGCGGCCGCGUUCGUACGCGACUACCGCGAGAACAAGGCCAACCCGCUCAAGCCCGAGCGCGAGAUCUACGACAUGGGCCUCGCGGCCAUCAAGGAGCUCGUUGUGAGCGAAGCGCUGCACAUUGUGUCGGCGCAGCACCCUCGGGCGCUCGAGCGGACGCUCGAGUGGACGCGCGGCGGGCCCGUCGAAGAUGCGCUCUUCCGCUUCCAGGUCGACGAGGUCGGCCAGGCGCGGAAUCUGCGCUACAUUGCGUCGCCCAUGGACGUGAGCCCCAUGGACGUGUGCCUCGAGGCGCGCGCGCUCGCGGCGGAGCUCCACAGCCACGCCAAGUUUCCCCACGGCAUUGCGCUCCACUGGUCGUACCCGCCGCCCGACGUCGACUACUCGGGCGCGAAUCUCUACCGCGUGUUUCUCAAGACCAUCGCCAAGCUCCAGCUCGUGGACCUUGCCAAGCUCACGACCAAGGACCGGCAGACGUUCUUCAUCAAUAUUUAUAACACCAUGGUGCUCCACGGCGCGAUCGAGCUCGGCGUGCCCCACACGUCGGACCAGUACAAGGCGUUUGAGAAGGAGAUCGUCUACCGCCUCGGGGGCCUCACGUUUUCGCUGGCCGACAUUCGCCACGGCAUUCUCCGCAGCAACCGCAAGCCGCCGUCCGCGUUCUGGGGCCGCCAGCUCGAGAACCACGACCCACGCAUUGCGUACUGCUUCCGGACGCGCGACCCGCGCUCGCUCCUUGCGCUGCUCGAGUUUGCCGCGCCCUUGGCGACGCCGGCCGAGGCGGUGAUUCUGCGACCGGGUCGCACGGACACGGACUUGGAGCAGGCCAUGAAGGCGUACUGCGAGCGCCAUAUUGUGGUCGAGACCGUGCCACGCACCGUGCGCCUCCCCAAGCUCUUUAGCGUUUACCUCGAGGACUUUGGCUCGUCCGAGUCGGAGAUGCUCGGGUGGCUCACGCAGUACAUGAAGGACUGCCCGCCCGACAUCAUGCUGUACCGGAUAAAGUACCAGCACGGGAUCCUCGUCUAG